UUCACGGGAAGCAGCGAGUCAUGUUGCAGGUACGCACGGUAUAUGGGCCCAUAACGGACUGCUCGCCAGGAUGCAUCCUGGACGAUUCUCUCUUUUAUUGUGCGUGUGACACUGUGCUCAGACGAGGGGCUGUCGCGUGCCCGGCUGCAAGACGAAGCACAGGCGGCACUACUGCCGUCUGUGCGGCGACGAGGACAGCGACCACUGGGCCAGCGAGUGCACACACCCCGGGAGCUUUACCCUCUACCACCAGACAGACCUACCGUCUGGUCAGGCCAUCGCGUCGGGCCGCAACAUGAAGCGGGGAACAGGAGGCAUCGUUGGGGGCGGCAUCUACUUGUAAGCAGACGACCGGCCAGGCUGUCUCCGUCUCAUCUCCGCCACCGUGUGUGUGUCUCGUCAGUGCGGCGUCUGAGCAGAUCACCAUGGGCAAGGCGCACCAUCGAGGCUGCAUGAUCGAGGCGCGAGUGUACCUGGGCAACAUCCUUCAGGUUUCCGCCCUCUGGCCCGGGCAGUACACCUUUGACAGCCUCACAGGGUCCGGCUACGACUCAGUGCACGUGAUAGGCAUGCCCACGGGCGAUGAGUACAUCGUGUAUAGUCAGGAGCAGGUCAGGCUGAGGAAAAUUCGUGACAUGGCGACAGGCAGAGAGAUACCGAUCAACCACAAAUGAGACAGGCGGGCAAUGGCGUGUGUCGAAGUGAGGGGCUGUGCCGUUUGAAGUCAGGAAGAGACACGUUUCUGUGCCUUUGCGUUUAUUCUAUGGGCGAAUUUUUUCAAGGAC